UGAUGGAAGUCAGAACACUUCAGAUUGUUCACUGGCUGAUUUCGCCAUAAGUAGUCAUUUUAAUAAACUUGUUAAACUUAAUAAGUUAUUAAUUGUUUACUAAUAAAAUGAAUGUCAUUGCGAAAUCGGGUAAUUUUGCUCCUUUUGGACGAGCAACUGUGACAGCAAUAUCAAAUGGUGCAUUACCAGUAACAGGAACCGCUAAAGUUCAAGAAAAAAAAGGAGCACUACCACCAACAAUCAUCAGAACAAAUGGCUACAGUUUGGCUCAAGAAAUUUUUCAAGUACCAUUUACUGUUAGCUCAGGACCUGCAGUGAGCACUCAAAUACUUCAAAAACGUUUUGCACAUACUGAUAUUCAAGUACCAAGUUUUGAUGCUUAUCGUAAAGACAUAACAAAAGAUCCAGAGAUCUGUUGGGAAUCAAUUGCUGCAGGUACUGGUUUGGCAACUGCAUAUGGAGCAAAAGGAUUUGUUACUGAUCUUGUCAGUACAAUGUCAGCAUCAGCUGAUGUUUUAGCAAGUUCUAAAAUUGAAGUUAAAUUAAAUGCUAUUCCAGAAGGUAAAAGCAUGGUAUUUAAAUGGCGUGGAAAACCCCUAUUUAUUCGUCACAGAGGUCAAGCAGAAAUAGCAAAAGAAGAAGCAGUAAAUUUAUCAGAACUUCGUGAUCCUCAACAUGAUAAAGAUCGUGUUAAAAAAUCAGAAUGGUUAAUUGUUCUUGGUGUUUGUACGCAUUUGGGUUGUGUACCAAUUGCAAAUGCUGGUGAAUAUGGUGGUUAUUAUUGUCCAUGUCAUGGUUCUCAUUAUGAUGCUAGUGGAAGAAUUAGAAAAGGACCAGCACCUUUAAAUCUUGAAGUACCAGCUUAUGAAUUUAAAGAAGGUGAUUUAGUUGUUGUUGGUUAAACAUAAUUAAAUUAAUAAAAAUAAACAAUUGAUAAGAUAAAAUUGUAGUAAAAAAAAAAUUGAGUUUUAUCUCGUUAAAUUAUUGAUUGUAAAUUAAUAACAACAACCAUUUAAAACAAAUAAAAUAAUAACAGUAUGUGAAAUGAAAAAAUUAAAUUAUUUUUUCUUUUCAUAAUAACUGAAUUGCUAAACUGUACAGCUUGUUGAUUUUAAAUAAAAUAGAAAUGUGGUACUUUAUAGUAUGAUUACAUCUCCAAUAUCAUCAUUACAAAAAAAAAUUACGUCAGGUUUUGUUUUUUCUCAAUUGUUCUCAAUAAUUAAAUUUUGUUAAGGUAAUUGUCCACUAUGCAAGUCCUUGUUGCAAGUUUAAUUAUUAAUAAUUAAUAAAUAUUCGAUUUUUGUCAAACUCUUUUGCAUAGUGAAGGACAACUAUUAAAAAUUCUACAAAAAAUAUUAGAAUGCUAAGCAAUGCUAAGUUAGCCAAAUGUAAUUUGCAAAUUUUAGAUGUAUUUCUGGGGAUAUCAAGCUUGCAAAAAAAAUAAUUACCAGAAAAAAAAGGUCCUAUUUAAAAAUCUGCAUAACACAUUUACAAUAAAAAUAUGUAUUGGUGUGUUUUAAUGCAAUUACACAUCCAAACCAAUUGCAUAACAUCAUGAUAUUUUUUUUUUCUCCAAGAUGAAGAUCAUCAUUAAAAACUAAAAAAUCAACUUAUUUAAAAUUUUUUUUUCAUUUUAUAGUUAGUUAAUUAGCUAAUUUAGCUAAUGAAAAAUUAUAAUUAGUCUAAUAUAUUUUUAAAAAAAGUAAAUAGAUGAAUAAAAUGUAUUUUUAAAAUAUUUUUUUGAGAAUGCAUCAUUUACAACACAAUGUGUUAUGCAAGAAUUGGGGAUAAAAUAAUAUUAAUAAGUAAAAAGAGAAAGUUCUAAACUUGAAUAUAUGUGAGUGUUUCAUGAGCAUACAUAGAACAACCCCCCCAAUUUUAUAAUCUAUAUCAAUACUACCCUUCUUGUGCUUACUGACCAUGACACCAGACGUCGUCUUUGUAUGUUUUUAUCCUCAUUCAUUGCAUUGCAUUUCAGUUUUGCGCAUCGUAA